AUGUGGUCGACGGCGCGAGAAAUUGCACCAGGCGACACGGUCAUUGCCUGGCUGACAAGAGACCUCAUACAGCCUUUGGUCGUUACGCCGGGGAAGGAUCUGAACAUUAGGUUUGGUUAUUAUCGCCACGACGACCUUGUCGGAGUCCCCUACGGCUCCAAAGUUGGUUCUCGCAAUGGCAAGGGCUUCAUCCACGUUCUCCGGCCGACACCCGAAUUGUGGACCAUGGCCCUCCCACACCGUACCCAAAUCUUAUACUUGGCCGAUAUCGCGUUCAUCACAUCCCAUUUGGACAUAAAGCCAGGCAGUCGUGUAGUAGAAGCAGGUACAGGAUCGGGUUCCUUCUCUCAUUCUGUUGCCAGGUCAGUAGGCAAAACCGGACACCUUUGGUCAUACGAAUUCCACGAGCUCAGAGCCAGCAAGGCAAAGGAAGAAUUUACCCGACAUGGCCUCGCGGACAUUGUGACAUUAACCCAUCGAAACGUCUGUAAAGAUGGGUUCACGGUGGAAAGUGCCGCAGAUGCAGUGUUCCUUGAUUUGCCGAUGCCAUGGUCCGCAAUUCCGCAAGCAAAAAAGGCACUCCGAAAAGAUUGCCUCACAAGGAUCUGCUGUUUCAGUCCUUGCAUAGAACAAGUGCAAAGGACAGUUACCGCAUUGAAUGAUGCCGGGUUCACAGAAAUUACGAUGUAUGAAUCGCUUGUGAGGCCACACGAGGUGGACCAGGUGCCACCCAUGCGCUCGGUUGAUGAUGCCUGCGAAAUUCUCAAGAAAGCCGAGCAAAAACGUGAAGACAAACGUUUGCGGCAGAUUGCGGCUACGAGGCAAAACCUGGCCAACAAGCGGAAACGUGAAGGGGAGGCAGAUCUUGCUGAAGAGGAAUCACACCACGAUACAGCCAGUGGAAAACGCACGAAGACAGAUGAGAUCGACGACAUCCCUCAGGAGCCAAUUUCCCUCGAUCGCAAUAUCGCGGGAAGUAGCGAAGUGGCAGAUUCGACGAAGCCGACGGCGAAAACUACUGUAUCGAAAGCGUUUCCCGAGGUACGCGGCCAUACAUCAUACCUUACGUUCGCUUGCCUUCUACCCGCAUCGCCGGAAGUUACAGUAGAUGCCUAA